AUGCCGAACUGCGGAGCGUGCGGCAGAUUUUUAUCGCCGGUAGGCGCCGCCACAUGCGGGGACUGCUUAAUAAAAUAUCAUCGGGUCUGCGCGAAUAUUUCUGAAAAAGCCCAAAUUAGCAAGGACUGGGUUUGCUCAAAUUGCAAAAAGGAUUCGCGCAGGGGCGAUAACAGACAGACACCAGUGAAACGCUCAAGUGGUACCGAGAUUUCGGCAGUAUCGUCGCGGGGGCUGUCGCCGUCUUCUCAUCGCGUACUCGCUUCGGAUUCGCGUCAAUUUGGUGAGGACGUAGGAGACCAUACGGACGUCGGUGGUCUGCGAGAAUUUUUCCGGGAAUUCAAGGAGGGCAUGGAAGAGAUUCGCGAUUUCAGGAGGGAGAUGGCGAAGCUUCGAGAGUCUUUCACGGCCUAUACCGAGCGCUUGGAUGGCCUCGAGCGGCGACUGGAGGCGGUGGAGAAGCGGCGGGAUGGGGGCGACUCCGCCCGUGUAGCUGAGCUGAAGAGCGCCGUCUCGGGACUCAAACAGGAGCUCAACGACAGGGAGCAGGAAAUGCUUCUCUCCGACUUGGAGAUCGGUCAUCUUCCGGAGGAGAGGGGGACGAGUGUGUUCCAGGCGGUGGCGGUCCUCGCUGGGAGGCUGGGCGUCACACUGGAGGAGCGGGAUGUGGUGUUCGCGGAGCGGGUGGGUCCGACACCGGCGGAGAAGGAGGGGCGGCCGAGGCGCAUGGUGGUGCGCCUGGCUCGUCGGCAGCUGCGUGACGACCUGCUGCAAGCUGCGCGCGUACGCCGAGCUGGCCUAGCAUCCGCUACCGUCCAAAUCGUCAGCUUUUUCGCCGCGUCCGGGAGGAGAGUCGUCGGCUGCAAUGGCGCUACACCUGGACGAGAGGCGGCCGCAUUUUCGCUAAGCAGAGGGACGGGAAGCCUGUGUUUCGAUUCCGUACAGACGAGGACAUCGUCCAGGCGUUCGGCCCGGGGUGCGGUGGAAGUGCCUUUCCUCCCAAAUCAUUCUACGAUCGCUCCAUACUACUCAGAACGCGAGAUCUAA